CUCGCUGAGGGCCAGGCGCAUUGGCUGGAGGGGGCUGUCACUCUCCCCCCCCCCCGCCCCGGUGGAGGUGGGGAGGGCUCUGAGAGAGCGGCUGCUACGUGCGCAAGCGAUUGAGUGAGCGAGUGGGAGACUCUGUUUUGGGUCGUAUUGCAAACAGUUGGGGAGAGUGAGCGUGGCAGGAGCGCGGGGCUGAGCCGCCGCAGAGAGUGGCCAUGGCUGUCUCCUCCGCGCCUCCCGUCAUCUCGGCAACUUCCAGCAGCGCCAGCAGCAGCGGCAGCGUGGGGGGCCCCGGGAGCUUGUUCCGGGCAGACCCCCUCUAUUCCUCCAGCCCCUCCGAGUCCCCCAGGCUCACGAACAGCCUGGUCAACAGUUUCCUGGCUUCCAGCGGCGGCGGUGCGGGCACGGGAGGCGGCGGAGGGGGUGGCAACAACGAGUGUAAGAUGGUUGAUCUGCACGGGGUGAAGGUGGCUUCUUUCCUGGUGGAGGGGCAGGAGCUGAUCUGCCUGCCGCAGGUCUUUGACCUCUUCCUCAAGCACCUGGUGGGGGGGCUGCACACGGUCUACACCAAGCUGAAGCGGCUGGAUAUAUCGCCCGUGGUGUGUACGGUGGAACAGGUCCGCAUCCUGCGGGGGCUGGGCGCCAUCCAGCCCGGCGUGAACCGCUGCAAGCUCAUCACCAGGAAAGACUUCGAAACUUUGUACAACGACUGCACCAACGCCAGCUCACGACCAGGAAGACCCCCCAAGCGCUCUCUGGGAGUUGCAAUGCAAGAAAAUGCACGUCUUCUGCCCCAUGGAGUCCCAGGCUUGUUAUCACCAGGACUUAUCUCCCCGACAG